AGUUUGCGCGGGUACUUCGUCUGUUUUCGAGUGUCCUCAUACUGGCAUUAUGUCACAGAAAGAAAAACCCUUUAAGAUUCAAACUACAAUAAUAAUACGAAAUCGAAAAUCAUAAUGGGGAAUCAUGGAAAGAGGAACUGAGAUCAACAAAAAACGCUGUCACGAGGCUGUUUGAAAUUUGUAAGACAUCAGAUAAAGCACUCACAGGAUGAGAGGAAUUGUUGCAUUUUAUCUAACCUAUAUGCUGUGCCUGAUAUUGGGGAUCAUCUGUGUGGCAUUAGUAGUUCACUGGAAUUACAGCUAUCGAGGUGGAUUUGCAUGGGACGGCUCAGCCAAGCACUUCAACUGGCACCCGGUCUUCAUGGUCACUGGCAUGGUGGUGCUUUAUGGGAAUGCGGCCAUAGUGUACCGUAUUCCUCUGACAUGGGGUCACAAUAAGCUCCCGUGGAAGCUGUUACAUGCUGGACUUCUGCUCCUUUCUUUCAUUCUUUCUGUUAUCGGGCUUUGUGCGGUGUUCAACUACCACAACGCAAACCACAUAUCCAACCUUUAUUCCCUCCAUAGCUGGGUGGGGAUUUGUACCACUGCGCUUUUUACUGCACAGUGGGUUAUGGGUUUUACCGCAUUCCUCUUACCCUGCACUCCAAUAUCAGCACGUGCUUUUAUAAAGCCAACUCAUGUUUGGAUGGGAGGAAUCAUCUUGGUACUGAGCAUUGUGUCCUGCAUCUCAGGGAUCAAUGAAAAACUCUUUUUUGCACUAAAAGGAAACACCAAUGGGACUCUGCCUUAUUCCGCAUUACCACCAGAGGCAAUAACUGCAAAUUCAUUGGGAGUUAUCAUUGUAGCAUUUGGAUUGGUUGUUUUGAAAAUCUUAUCCAAUCAGAUAUGGCAUCGUCCUGAGCCAGGCUAUGAAGAGGGAGUUUACCAGCCACUGGGGUAUGAUGGAAGCUGAAAUCCCAAAGCUGAAAUGUCUGAAAGCUAAAUAUUUAUCUGCAUUCUGAUUGAUCUGCACUCUUCAAUGGAAUCAAAGUCCCCUGAUGUUACAACCAUUAGUCUUCCUAUUU